AUGGCUAUUACGGAUAUGCUGAACCGCCGAGUACGGGCUCGGCCUGAUGAUGAGGAUGAUGUGUAUUCGGAGCAGUCAGAUAUGGGUGAAGAGCCUUCCCAGGAUGAGGCCGCAGAGGAAGAGGAUUCUGAUGCCGCAGAUGCGCAAUCCGGUGAUUCACAAGAUGAAGGAUCAGAAGACGCUGGUUCAGACUCGGAUGAGGAUAGCAACGACAAUGCCUCUGCCUUCUCGGAAGAAGAUGAAGAAGAAGACUCCGAUCCCAACGACGACAUCCAAGCCUCCCUAAGCAACAUUUCCUUUGGCGCCCUAGCCAAAGCCCAAGCUAGCAUGGGCCCCAAGAGAACCAAGUCAAAAGCUACCAAAUCCGUCCCCGAAACCACAUCAACCGCCUCCCCCCUCGACGACAUCCGCGCCCAAAUCCGCGCCGCUCGGGAUCAAAAGCGUGAAGCCGCAGCCGCCUUAGCCAAGGAUUCCAGCUCCAAAGAAAAGAAAGCAGCACGCGCCUCCAAACAUGCACCGAUGGUACAAUCUUCCAAAUACGCCGUCGGCCGCAAACGCGUAAUCGUCGAACCGCCGGCAACGGCCAAAGCACGGGACCCACGCUUCGACGCAGCGGUCAUGGGCCACAGCGGCAAGGGACUGAAUGCCAAGGCUUCCGAAAAGAAUUACGCCUUCCUAGAAGACUACCGGGCCUCUGAACUACGCGAUCUGAAGAGACAAAUGGCGCAGACGAAGAACCCGGAAGCCAAAGAAGCGCUGAAGCGACAGAUCCGUUCGGCGACGGAUCAGCAGAAAGCGAGAGAAAAUCGGAAGCGGGAGGAGGCUGUCAUUGCGGAGCAUAAGAAGAAGGAGAAGGAGGCCAUUCGAGAUGGGAAGAAGAGUACGCCGUACUAUUUGAAAAAGUCGGAUUUGAAGAAGCAGGUUAUGCAGAAGAAGUAUGAGGAGAUGGGAUCGCGGGAUCGGGCCAAGGCGUUGGAGCGGAGGAGGAAGAAGAUAGCGUCGAAGGAGAGGAAGGAUAUGCCUAUGGAACGACGGGGGUGGGAGGGUAUGGGUGGUGGUGAUGAACCUCCUGCGCGAGGUGGAGGUGGUGGUGGUAAGAGGAGACGACUUGAGUAG